AUGGAGCCACGCGGCCGUCGCCGGAAGCAGCAGGGGGCGGCGGAGGAGAAGGAGAACACCGCCAGCGCGGCGCCGCCGGCCCCCAAGAGGCCGCGCUGCACGGAGCGCAGGGCCCUUGCCGAGCUCCCCGCCGCAUCGACCGCGAACAACGCCUCGGCGGCGCCGACGGGGGCGGCGUCGAAGCCGAUGACGCGCGCGGCGGCCAGGGAGGCGGCCGCCGCGGCGGUGGAGGAGGAGGCGAGGAGGAGGGAGGGCUCCGCCAUUGCCGCCCGCCCGGCGGCCUCGAGGCAGACGGACGCCGGGGCGGCGCAGGCGUCCGUUGGCCCGUACGUCGCGGAUAUCGACGGGUACCUGCGGUCCCUGGAGGUUGAACAAUUGAGGAGGCCGAGGGAUGACUAUAUGGUGGCCAUGCAGAAAGACAUCAGCGCCACUAUGAGGGGUAUCCUAGUAGAUUGGUUGGUGGAUGUGGUUGACGAGUUCAAUCUUCUGGCUGACACGCUUUACCUUGCGGUUUCAUAUAUUGACCGCUUCCUCGCGGCGAGUGUAGUUACCCGGGACAAGCUGCAAUUGCUUGGUGUCGCUUCAUUGUUUGUUGCUGCGAAGUACGAAGAGAUUCAUGUUCCUAAGCUGGACAAAUUCAGUGACAUUACUGACGGCACAUACACCAAUCAGCAGGUGGUGAAGAUGGAGGCUGACAUACUGAAAUAUCUCAACUUUCAGAUGGGGAGUCCCACCGUAAGAACUUUUCUAUUGCGAUUCUUAAUAUCUUGUUGUGGAGGCAAUUGUGCAAGUGCAAAAAGGUUGGAGCUUAUGUGUUGCUAUCUCGCGGAAUUGAGCUUGCUAGACUACGACUGCAUAAGGUUCCUGCCAUCAGUUAUUGCUGCUGCCUGUCUGUUCUUAGCCAGGUUCACAAUCAGCCCAAAGAUUUGUCCUUGGAACUUUACGCUGCAAGAGAAAACGGGCUACAAGGUCUCUGAUCUCAGGAGUUGCAUCCUGAGGAUACACGAUUUGCAGUUGGGCAGACAGUAUUCAAAUCUGAAGGCCAUCAAGAGCAAGUAUAGUGAGCGCAAGUUCGGGUGCGUGUCGAUGAUGGCCUCGUCGGAAGAAAUUCCGGCAUCUCUCCUCAAAGACCUCGAUAAGUGA